CGUCCUGGGCUUAACAAUCUUUGGUCAGAACUCAUAACAGGCUGCCCCUGAUUGGCUGCUUAGGCGUUUGUUUGCCUUGAAGAGCAAUCAUGCGAAUCAUAAUGGGACAACUAGUUUGCCAACCGCCAAUAAAAUCUAUAAGAUGAUGAUAAUGGGACAAAUGUUUAAUAAGUUAUACUCAUUUGCCUAACCACAUCUGCGUAACUACAUACGGCAUCCGUUGAUACAUUAAAGCCUUUCGUUUAACCAUUCAAAGUCAUUUGGGAGGAUGUGUACUUCUUGAGAUAUCAGCUGCUUUCUUUUUUGAGCAAUCGAAAGUUCGAUAAGUGUAAUCAGAGUUUGUAGGUAGAAGUCAUGGCUAUAGCGCAUGCCGCUACGGAGUAUGUGUUCACGGAUUUCGUGCUGAAGGAGCCCGCGUCAGAGAACCGGUAUAAGGGCAUUCGGUUAGAUCUGGCGCUGGAUAAGGUGGUCACCUGUAUCGCGGUCGGUCUGCCGCUUCUUCUCAUAUCUCUUGCCUUCGCCCAGGAAGUGUCUGUCGGUACGCAGAUUAGUUGUUUCUCCCCCACAAAGUUCUCAUGGCGUCAGGCUGGUUAUGUGGAUUCGUACUGCUGGGCGGCAGUACAAACACAGGACACAGGAGGCCUGCCACUCUGGCUGCAUAAGUUUUUCCCUUAUAUCCUGUUGCUGGUGGCAAUAUCGGCAUACGUGCCAGCUUUGUUUUGGCGAUUUACAGGAGCCCCUGAGCUUUCUUCUGAUCUGACCUUUAUAAUGGAAGAACUGGACCGUUCCUACAACAGAGCCAUCAAAUUGGCCAAACGCCUUCACACUACAGGAGCACUGGACUCUCUGUCAGCCCGCGUGGACUCACAAAGCUCUGUGCUGGACCUUACUGAGAGCUGUUUUAGAUAUCCUCUGGUGGAACAGUACUUGAGGACCAAACGCUUCUCUCGUGGACUACUGGUCCGAUACCUUUGUUGCCAUGGAGUCACCUUCUUGGCCCUCGUAUUAGCCUGCAUCUACCUUUGCUAUUACAUCCAGCUCUCCAUCACGGAUGAGUUUCAAUGUGACAUCCGGUCUGGAGUGGUUAUAAACGACUCCUCAGUACCACAAGCCAUGCAGUGCAAGUUAGUUGCUGUAGGCAUCUUCCAGCUGCUGAGCUACAUUAACCUGUGUGUGUAUUUACUGCUGUUGCCAUUGUGCUUGUACGCCAUGUUAGUUCCAUUCAGAAGGACCAUGGGGUUCUUGAAGCCCUACGAGAUGCUGCCCACGAUAGGGGUGAUGCAGUUUGAGAGGCUGGCCUGGGAUGAUCUUUCUCUAUAUUUGCUGUUUUUGGAAGAGAACCUCAGUGAGCUGAAGAGUUACAAGUGUUUGAAGGUGUUAGAACUGUUGAAGCGGGAUGGAGAAGAGUCAUUGGACAUCAUGCCAUUGUUGCAGACUCUCGGACAGGUAAAAACAGACAUGGUGGAUGGCAGAUCGCCUAAAGACCGGAUAACCUCCAACAGCAAUGGCACAGAGCUGAAAGAGGUUUCUCUGCUUCUGCAGGAGAACAGCUUAGGAAAGUGUGAAGAUGAGAAGGUUGUUCGCCAUAGGGUGAUCUGAAUUGCUGUUUCUAUGGUGACUACACUGCCAGCAUCCUGCUGAGGCUCCCAACAUCUGGAAAAGGCAAAGAAAUACAUUUCGGGGGGAAAAAAAGAGGAAUAGACUGGACAGAGGAAUCAUCCUCUAAUAAAUGGAUAAUAACGUUUCUCAGAAAUCAUGCCUAUGUGUGUGCUUGCAGUUGAGUUAACAGAAUUUGGCUUUACGUGACUAACACAUUAUUUUUUAAUUUGAAGUGUUGAUGUUGUAAAGCUAAAACUCACAUGUACUGUAAUAACAGUCAAUGUUACGAAUGUGUAUAGAGGGCAUCAGAAGUGAUACAACAUGAUGCCAACAAAUUCUGUUUUGGGGUUUCAUAGAACUUCAGUUUUUUUUAUAGCAGAGAGGUUAUAUUUCAAAUUCAGUUUUAUGGUACUUUUUAAUAGUAACACUGCACAGCAGAAAAUUACCUAUAUGGCUUAAACAGUUAUUCUGUUAUCACCUUAGUCAAUUUACAGUUAGUGAAAUAUUCAGGUGCAUUCUUGCACAUCAUUUCAACUUAUCAGUUUAAAGCACCUACAGAACGCUGCAUCGACACAGCCUUUUAAAACUGAAAAUCAUGCAUAAGGAACAAAUUGAGAACGAUUCCCUGAUGUGGUUUCUAUGCUAAUAAUGGACAUAAAUCAAUAGUACAUGAAUGAUGAAAUCCAUGAAGGAGAUAUGCUGUCAUGCUUGUAAUGGAUGUUAAUUCAGUAGAAGAGUUAUUUGGCUCUGAGCAAGUAAAACCUUUCAAAAGCUUUCAUGUACCUUCGCCAUCUGUGAUUGAAUGUGGAUUCACAGGGCUAAGGUUCACUGGUGUCACAGUUGUCAGUUUCAGUGUUUUAGCUGUUGUAAACAACAAAAUAGGAAUAAGCAUUAGAAGACGGAGUGACAAAAAUUGUGGGAAAAGCUACAGCUACUGUCUCAUGUGGUGCAGAGAUUAUGUUGUCAUUUUGUUUGCAUUGAUUUUUGUUUCGAGUUUUUGUAUAAUUUUUUUUUUUCAAAGAUGCCAAAAAAAUUGUGCUUUGUAUCUCUGUGUUCUCUGAAAGUAAAGUUGAU